AUGAGACUGGUCUGGAGGCUGCGAAGUGGCGUUGUCAGAGAUCUUGAGCGUCAGAAUCAGAAAAAGGAGAACAUUCGCUUGUUAGAAGAGCAGAUUGCUCUGACAAAGCAGCUCAUGGAAGAGAGAGACAAGGCGCUAAUGGAAAGACGUUCUCAGCAGUCUUAGGCAAAGACCUGGC